CCGAGUAGAAACUCAAGAAAAGAAAAAAGAAGGUUUUUUUUUCUCCUUCCGCUUCGUUCUCACGCAUUUCGAGUUCGGCGCUCUCGAGAGUCGAGCCUCUCGACCCAUAGCGGAGAGGAGAAGAUGCAGAUCUUCGUGAAGACCCUGACGGGAAAGACCAUCACCCUCGAGGUGGAGAGCAGCGACACCAUCGACAACGUCAAGGCCAAAAUCCAGGACAAGGAAGGAAUUCCUCCGGAUCAACAGCGUUUGAUAUUCGCUGGCAAGCAGCUGGAGGAUGGACGCACCCUGGCUGACUACAACAUUCAAAAGGAGUCAACUCUUCACUUGGUCCUCAGGCUCAGGGGUGGCACUAUGAUCAAGGUUAAGACUCUCACUGGCAAAGAGAUUGAAAUUGACAUCGAACCCACUGACACAAUCGAUAGGAUCAAGGAGCGUGUUGAAGAGAAAGAAGGAAUUCCUCCCGUGCAGCAAAGGCUCAUCUAUGCUGGUAAGCAGCUUGCUGAUGACAAGACUGCAAAGGACUACAACAUCGAAGGCGGCUCUGUCCUCCAUCUUGUCCUUGCUCUGAGGGGUGGCUACUAGUAAAGCUAAUGAACUAGUCAGAUAAAUCUGUUAUGUUAGCUGCAAAAAGUCGACCUGGUGGUGUGGAACUUGCAAAGAGAUAAUAACAUAUUCGCUUUGCCCAGUGGAAGGGACUGUCUUCCUUGUUAUAAUCUGAUGAUUUGACGGAAUUGCUCCA